GCUGUUUCCGUAUGUUGCCUUUUGGGGAUGUUUGGAGGGAGGAGACAGAGUGAACAAGCUGCUGUAUCGGAGUCAAGACUUGGCUCUUUCACUCCUGCCACUCCCUGAAAAGCCACACUUUGCUCAGUGCAACUGAAAACGGCAGCUGGGGGAACUGGCCGUGGUGCUGAAAAGCUCCGUACAGCUGCUGUCCAUUGCGCUCGUACAUCAACGGGCAGAAACGCGCGGAGAGUUCGCAAGGAGGUGUGCCUGGACCUGAAGGUGUCUGCUGAAGACAACCAGGAUCUCCUUCCACUUCCCACUCCGUGAGCUCAGCUGCCUCGAAAGGAGAGCCGAUGGAACCUGGGUUCGAUUUGCAGUCUGGCCGUGACGGCGAGCCCUGCUGCCAAGAUAGUGCUUACGGAUCAUCUGUUUUAGACACAGACACGGAAGAGGGCCACACGCCUCCCCACAACAAUAUCAUCUACUACAAUGAAGAACUGUUGCAUAAGACUAUCCUGGUAGGUGACAGUGGAGUUGGAAAGACAUCAUUAUUGGUGCAGUUUGACCAAGGCAAGUUCAUCCCGGGAUCAUUCUCUGCUACCGUGGGAAUUGGAUUCACGAAUAAGGUGGUGGUUGUGGACGGGGUCAAAGUCAAGCUACAGAUCUGGGACACAGCCGGACAGGAGAGGUUUCGCAGUGUCACUCAUGCCUACUACAGAGAUGCUCAAGCACUGCUGCUGCUGUACGAUAUCACAAGCAAAUCGUCAUUCGACAACAUCAGGGCCUGGUUAACGGAGGUACACGAAUAUGCACAACAGGAUGUGGUCAUCAUGUUGCUAGGUAACAAGGCUGACAUAACCAGUGAGAGAGCCAUCAAGAGAGAAGAAGGCGAGAAAUUGGCCAGGGAAUAUGGAGUUCCUUUCAUAGAGACCAGUGCCAAAACUGGUAUCAAUGUUGAGCUGGCAUUUCUGGCUGUGGCUAAGGAGCUGAAACACAGAUCCGUCAACCAACCAAAUGAACCCAAAUUCCGAAUCCACGAGUACAUCGAAUCUCAGAGGGAAAAGUCCAGCUGUUGUGGCUUUGAAUAAGGGGCUGUUCUGGUUGGAGGACUCAGGGCUCAGAGUAGCAAUCGGCUUAAUUGAUUGGCUCUGAAAGAUUAGUGAAACAUGCACUAUUUCUAAAUUGGCAAUCAUGCUCAGCAAUGUACCCACCCAGUACCCAUCUUGUACCUGUUGGUAGCACUUAAUGCCCAUCCAGUAUCCUGUGCCUGUCCUGUAUUCAUCCUGUACCUGUCCCAUAUCCAUACCUCCAUCCCAUGUAUGUGCCCCUGCCCUGCAUCUAUCCAUGCCUAUCUCCUACUGGUUCUGUUUCCCAUGUCUGCAUUAUCCAUAUCCAUCCUAUACCAAUCCCAUCCAUUACCAACCCUGUGCCCAUAUCUAUCCAUGCUCUUUGCAGACCAUUCCUGCCCCAUAGCCACAUCCAAACUAUUCUACACCCAAAUCCUGUAUCUAUCCCUGGUUAAUAUGCUUUCUGUGCCUGUCCAUUCUGUAUCUGUACUAUGUGACGUGAGAUCUAGAACACAAAAACAGAUUCUAUGCUAGUUGGGAUUUCUGCACCUCCCCUGGGAUUCUGAGAGAUUCUGGAUCCAGGAAACUCUCCCGCAUCCUGAUUGCCCAGCUUGCUGGAGGUGAGCAGGAUCCAGCAGGUUUGUCCUGUAAUGGGAAUUGUUAUGACAGAUAUCUCUUUAAUGGUUACUGGUAUUUUAUCCCUUUCUGAUAUCACCUCAAGACAGGCGGAUGCAACCUAUCACUUUGGUCUCCACACUUAACUGCUCCUUCACAAGCGAAUUAUUGACCAUGAUGCCCCCCCACCACCUCCCUUCACCAUCCACCUCUCAGACUCACCACUGUCCAUACUACCCACUGUGUCCCUGUGGAGCCUAACAGCAUCCAGGCCAGUGCAGUGGGUACCCACUGGGUUCUACGGGUAUCAGGUGCCCUUUCACUGACCCUGCAGGUCUGAGAUGGAGGUUGCUGUCAGCUUAAAGCCCUGUUCAGUCCCCGGCUUUCCUCAGCUCCCACUCAAACCCCUCCAGAGCUGUCUACAACUGAAGCCUUGGAGUUUCACAACAUUACUGGAGCAGGGACCCUCAGCACGCGAACUGGAUGGUCCAGCUGGAGGGAUCCAAGGACAAUGGGUGUUCAGGGAUGAUAGCUGGCAAUUCAUACUCACCCGUGCCCCUCACCAUGGAUCUCUGGCUUCGAAAGGGAAAGCAGCAGAGAUUGAUUGGCAUCAAGGGGUAGGGAAUAAUACUAUUGAACGAGAUGAUGAGCCAUGGUCUAAAUGAAAUCUGCAGCAAGCUCGAAGGACCAAAUGGCUUAUGCCUGAUCCUAUUUCUUGUGUUCAUGUUCACCCAAGUGACACUAGGUCAGGAAGAAUUAUGUCUGCUUUGGACUAGGCUUAUGGUGUCCUGAAUGUGGCAUACAAAAUUAUCAGUGACCUAAUCAAGAUGUUUAAAGGAAUUGAAGUGAUAAAUGGAGAGAAACUGUUUCUUCAUUCUUGGGGUGAUUCCAGAAUACAGGAGGACAAUCUUCAAAUUUGAGCCAGCUCACUCAGGGCUGGUGGCAGCAACCAUUCCUUUCUCACAGAGGGCAAUGGAAGUCCGGAACCCACUCUUCCAAAAAGUUGUGGUGGCUGGAGGCAGGUGUCAACUGAAAAUUUCAAACUGAAAGCAAUUUAUUUUUUGGUUGUUGUAGAUCAGCCAUUGCAGAUUUGAGGGGCCGAAUGGACUUGUUCUGUUCCAAUGCUGCCUGAAAGUUUAGUUUUUACCAGCUGCCCAUUCUCACAGACACACAGACAGCACUGGCCAUUGGGUUUCAAGCCAUGUGGAUGCGGAGCAGCUUAGAUCAGAGAUUUCCCUUCUGCCCCAGUUUGCGUGGGACAUAGACUGAUGUACACGACCACAGUACAAGUUAACCCUCUUCCCCAACCACCAUCCCAUCCACAUAUUCAGUGUUUAUGAAGGCCGUGUAGAGAUUGUGAUGUACUGUGCAAACCGGGGCAAAACAGACAGUUCACAUGCCAUCUUGCUGUGCCCUCCUGUUAUGCCAUGCUGUUCUGUUUUUAAGCAUGAUUUUAAAAAAAGUCACAUGUUUCUUUCUGGGUGGCAGGGGAGGUGCAAGUCAGCUGAUAGGCAUUUUAUACAUAUCUCUAGAUGCAGCUUUUUAAUCUUGGGAUGAAACUGUACAUAAAAGAAAAACAUUUGCUUUGUACUGGGUAAUGAGAUUACUGUUCCGAUGUAUUAUUUGUUUCACUGAAAGUUUCCUCAGUCGUGUAGCUUUUGAAAAAAAAAUAUUAAUUGUGCCUAAGACAGAGAUUGAUGUAUUAGAGUUUCCAGGCAAGCGUCCUUUGACUUAUUUAUGCCAAAAAUGGAGGUGUCCCUCACAUUACGGGUGUUAGCCCAUCCUUGACAUCUCCCCACAUUGUCACAGAAGAGCCCAUCUCUGUGAAGUGGUUUAUCAGCCUCACCCCACCCUUCCCCAUCAAUCAUUCCUUCUGCUAUUUCAGCCUUCAGUUGUGCUAAACUCACUCCUACCCCCUGAUGUCAGGGGUCCUCACGUCAACCUGUCACUCCGCUCCUGGUCCAUGGCCAAGUUUAAGUUUUGUUAGUUUAGUCAUGAAGAGAAUUGCUUCCAGUGAUCGAGGGCCAGAAACCAGAAACAGAGAUUGAAAGUAUUGACAAAAGAGGGACAAGAAUUCCUCUUGUACGCAGUAAAUCAUGCUGACUGGGAAUAAAGAUGUGCCAAAAGAUCAUGGAAACAGGUUCAACAAUUGCAUUGAAAAAUGGACAAAUACUCGAUGAGAAAAAUGUGUGCCAGGCUUUCUGGAAAGACCAAAAGAGGAGAAUAAUGAAAUCAUUCUUUCAGAGAGCCAGAAUGGACACAAUUCCCGCACCGUACGACUCUAAACUGAAGAGCAGUAGUUAGCCAGCACCCAGUUUGUGAUGUAGUAGCAGUGAUUUGUCAGGGCACACUGGCUGAGAGAAAAUCUCCACAGUGUGAGGUUCUGAGAAAGACUGAGUUAAGGAGUACCCAAUGCGAUGAUACUCUGUCCUUAGCUGGUUUGCUUCUGAACCCUGUCAAUAAAUAAUUUACCAUCCCCAGACUGGACCAUUCCAAAGAUUCCCAAUCCUGUUUGACAAAUUUAUUCAAGAUUUUUGAGGAUGCAAUGAAUAAAGGGGAGUCAGUAGAUAAAGUGUGCUCUGCUCGAAUAUCCAAACAUCACUCGAUAAACUCUGUGCAGAAGUCUAAUACAUGAGGGCUAAUGGUGUUGGAGUAAAAUAGUUGCAUUUAUAGAGGUUAGAUUAGGAA